AUUGUUCUUCUCCUGCAGUUACCGAACGCAACGCGAGAGGUGGACAAUCUGCUAACUGAGAAAAUCAAAAUCAUGGUCCUGACCAAGGAAGCUGUGGAUAGGGAGAGAGACGAGAAGAGAUCCAGUGAAACGUACAUGAAUUUGUUAUAUAAGUGUGACGAUUGCGUCAUCGGUUGGAAUAAUGAAAACGUUUACAAGAAACACUUUGAGAGGCACAAUAGGUCGAACGGGCAUUACCUGUGCCAGAUCUGCACUCAAGUGUUCAAAGGCCACUCGGAGUACCUGUACCAUCAGAAGAACCAUCAUACCAGGUACAUAUGCGUGGUGUGCGGGAAACGUUAUCGGGGCUUGGAGUCUUGUAUUGUCCACUACAACACCGAACACGGGUCGGAUCGCACCUCGAUACCGACUAAGGAGUACUGCUGCGCCAACACCGAGUGCUACUUCACAACGAGUAAAAAAAGCGCAUACACCAAGCACGUGGCGAGUCACAAGCCCAAGCCAGAAUGCGGGAUCUGCUACAAGCAAUUCGCCAACAAUCACACUCUGACAUUGCACAUAAGGAAGGUUCACGACAAGAAAAAUCGCACGUUCAAAUGUCAGCUCUGCGGGAGUGAGUAUAAGAGUCGGGGGGGCUUGAAGCACCACACGUCAUCGACUCAUGAUGUCAUCAAGUACUACUGCCCGCAGUGCGGGAAGGAGUUCAACUCUAAAUACACCCUCCGCAACCACGCCAAGCACUUGCACCAGGACACCGAGAAGAGAUUCACCUGCCACGACUGCGGCGACAGGUUCAUGCUGAAGAGCUACCUCAGGACGCACAUCGAGAUGCAGCAUUUGCAUAUUGAGCACGGGUGCCGGGAGUGCUCGAAGAUAUUCAGGACGGAAACGCUACUGAAGAAGCACGUGAAGCGAUCGCACGGAAACGUUUCGGUCGUCAGAGAGAGGAUCCUUUGUCAUCAGUGCGGCAAGGAGUACAGGACUGAAUUUCAAAAUACAUUAGUAUGUACUUAUUGUCACGAGAUCCUGAGGAAGAUAGAACUCUUCAAGUCACAAGUGGAGGAAAGCAUGCAAAUAUUGAAUAAACAGAUAUUUCAUACAAACGAAAAUAAAAUAAAGAAAUGUAAUAACUUAACGUCAUCAAAUGUCACCAGUAUUGAAAUAAAUUUUCUAAGCGAAGACACCAACGUAAAACCUGGAAAAAACUUUGUAUUGAUUGUGGAAGACACCAAUAAUGAAUUUCUUGAAGAAAAACACCAUAUUUCGGGACGAGAAGCGAUGGUGGAUUUUGAAAAUGGUAAAUCAUCACCGAACGAUACAGACGUGAAGAUAGAAAGCGAUAGUUCCGAUUUAGAGACUGCGCUGCCUUUGUCACAGAUAAAAGAGAAAAAACGUAAAAAUGCUGUCAGGGGAAUGUGUGCGAUAAAGAAGACGAAAACUGAGAUGACAUCUGAUGCCUCUCCGUACAUGGACGAAAGUUACGUCGGCAAGCUGACGAUGCUGACACUGACGCGUGAGGAACUGGAGUUAGAGAGAGACAGAAUGAGAACGGAGGAGAACUAUUUACGGUUGCCUUACAAGUGCGAGGACUGCAUCGUGGGUUAUAAUAAGGAUGUUUUUCUGAAGAGACAUCUGCGAGAGAGACAUAUCAAGAGAGAGAACGCUGAUGUGAUUGUGUGCGAGAUAUGUAAGUCGACGUUCAACGACAAAAGGUCGUACGUGCCGCACCACAGGAGACAUUUCAUUAGAUACGAAUGUAACACGUGCGGGAAGCGGUAUAUCGACGAACGCGCUGUGGUCAGUCACUACAAUGAGAAGCACGGUGCAGAGGGCGCCACCGUCCGGAACAAGUUCAGGUGUAAUAUACGCGGCUGCGCUUACGAAACUCACUCGUACCGCGGCUUCGUCUACCACAGGUCGAAGCACGAGAGCUACCCUUGCGAGAAAUGCGGCAAGGUCUAUGGGAAAUGGGUGCAGCUGCGCUCCCAUAUGUACGGCGUCCACAACAAGAAGGUGACGUCGUACGCGUGCCCGCUCUGCCCAAAGCAGUACCGGCAGCGCUGCGGUCUGCGCGCCCACACGCGGGCGACCCACGGCGGCGCCCUCUACCGGUGCACUCUCUGCCUCAAACAGUUCAGCACUGACAACAACCUGCGAAGGCACCUCGCCGGACACUCGCGUCACGCCGCCCUGCAACCCAACAGGUACACGUGCGAUAAUUGCGGUGCGAAGUUCCCUACGAAGUCUCGUCUGAAGGGGCACAUCGAGUGGGUACAUUUGAAGAUAUCGAACCACCGAUGCAACAUUUGUCUGAAGAUGGUUCGUACAGCAAGGUCGCUGAAAAACCACAUAGCCUAUGUCCACGAAAAGCAGAAGGUGCCCAGGGACCACAUCUGCGAUUACUGCGGCAAAGCGUUCACGCGCCGUUCGCUCAAGUCCCACAUGGAUACGCACACGGGGGCGCGCCCGCACCGCUGUACGCACUGCGGCGCCGCAUUCACGCAUUCCGCGACGCUUUACAACCACAAAAGACUUCUACACAAUGCGGGGUCGCGUCAGACUAGUGCGCCGUGAGGACAA